CAAACUCGUGGUUUUUCGCCGUUUCUCAUUCGCUUGUGUUUGAUCGUGUCGUGCGCGAAGUUUAGAAGAAAAAAUGUGAAAAUUCAGCCGGAAAUGGAAUAAAAACACGUGAAAAGUACAAGUGUAAGUGCAGCUGAUUGGCGUAAAGUGUUAAAUUGAAGGCGUUUUAUGAGGAGAAGAAAAUUUUCGCAAAAUAGCUUCCCCAGAGAGAGCAGGCGACUUUUUUUUACGAAGGUGAUGUUCUUUUCGUUUGAAAAGAGUGUUUGAAGGGGAAAAGAGACGGAUUGUGUGAGCAAACCGCAUCAUCUGCUUGUGGGUAAAAGAGAGGUGGCGACAAUCACCCACCAAUACCAGUGUGCAAGAGCAAAGUGCACCCUUGCCACAGUUUGACAGUGUGUGCGUAAGUGCAAACAGCCAGCAGGGGGAGGAAUAGAAGCAAAAAUAAUAAUCAGCUGCAGCGAAUGCACGUUGCUAAAAAGAAGAAAACCAAUCGCAGUGGCCGCUGCCUUUUGUGUGUCAUUAUUAUCGACAGUCGAGUCAGCGAGAGAGCUAAAGGAAGAGGUAAAUGAUACCGUCGUAUUUCAGUUUUGAAACGUAGUUCCGCCAAAGUGGUCCAUGGAUUUUCAUAUUUUGUUAACGUGGUGAUCGGGAGGAAAAGUGUGGAAAUUUUCCCAAUUCGAAGUAACAAGAGCCUUCGGAAGGCCCGCGCGAGUGUCGGAGCGAGAGUGUUUUCCCCUUCUAGAAGAGUGUUGUAGUUCUCGAAGGUUUUGACCGAGAUAAAAAAAAAAUCGGAAUCCGGCAGGCAGUGAAUGUGACCAUGUCAUCGAUGCAAAUCGUUCUGGAUUCGGACGUUGCCAAAUACCAGCCCUACCAGACAGUUUACUACAUUGUGGCCGAAAACGGUGCUGAAACCGCGGUGAACCAAGGAACGGAAAUUUACCAAGUGCAAACGGUGGUCCCCGAGAUAAGCCCUGCUGAUUGUGGUGAUAGUGCUAUCGGAAUCAGAAAACGCAGAAAGAUCGAAGUGGUGCAAAAAAUGCAGGGUCAAGUUCCCGGCGCACAGGCCGCCCAGCCCUCGCCAGUGGCGCAGCAAAUUCAAGUUCAGACCCAACCCCAGACGGUGGUCAUCCAGCAGCAAGCCCCGCAACAGACCAUCCAGGUCCAGGUCCAGCAGCAGCAGGUCGUCCAGAACAGUGUCAAAAUCGAUCAGACCCAACAGUUGUCCUCAGUCGGCCUACUGGAAUUGGCCCACCGUGAAUAUCAGGCCGUCGACUACGAGAAUGCCGAACGCCACUGCAUGCAACUUUGGCGUCAGGAGAGUAACAACACCGGGGUGCUGCUGCUCCUGUCGUCGAUUCACUUCCAGUGCCGCCGCCUGGACAAAUCGGCCCAGUUUUCGACGCUGGCCAUCAAACAGAACCCUCUGCUGGCCGAGGCGUACAGCAAUCUGGGAAAUGUAUACAAAGAGCGUGGACAGCUGCAGGAAGCCCUAGAAAACUACCGCCAUGCCGUUCGAUUGAAGCCGGAUUUCAUCGAUGGGUACAUCAACCUGGCAGCCGCGUUAGUAGCAGCUCGCGACAUGGAACAGGCGGUACAGGCGUACGUUACAGCGCUCCAGUACAAUCCGGACCUAUACUGCGUGCGGAGCGAUUUGGGUAACCUGUUGAAGGCGCUCGGCAGGCUAGACGAGGCCAAGGCAUGCUAUCUGAAGGCGAUCGAAACCCGGCCGGACUUUGCGGUGGCCUGGAGCAACCUGGGCUGCGUGUUCAACGCCCAGGGCGAGAUAUGGCUCGCGAUCCAUCACUUCGAGAAGGCGGUUGCCCUGGAUCCGAACUUCUUGGACGCCUACAUCAACCUGGGCAACGUGCUGAAGGAGGCGCGGAUCUUCGACCGAGCCGUCGCAGCAUACCUCCGGGCGCUGAACCUGUCCCCGUACAAUGCGGUCGUUCACGGAAAUUUGGCCUGCGUCUACUACGAGCAGGGCCUCAUCGAUUUGGCCAUCGACACCUACCGCCGGGCGAUUGAACUGCAGCCGAACUUCCCGGACGCGUACUGCAACCUGGCGAAUGCCCUCAAGGAGAAGGGCCAGGUCCAGGAGGCGGAAGAUUGCUACAAUACCGCCCUGCGUCUCUGCCCGAACCAUGCCGAUUCCCUUAACAAUCUGGCCAACAUCAAACGCGAACAGGGCUACAUCGAAGAAGCGACCCGACUCUAUCUGAAGGCACUGGAAGUUUUCCCAGAAUUUGCUGCCGCCCAUUCCAACCUGGCGUCGGUGCUGCAACAGCAGGGCAAAUUGAAUGAAGCCCUCCUGCACUACAAGGAAGCUAUCCGCAUUCAGCCUACGUUUGCCGAUGCCUAUUCAAAUAUGGGAAACACCCUGAAGGAGAUGCAGGACGUAGCUGGAGCGCUUCAAUGCUACACCCGAGCGAUCCAAAUCAAUCCGGCCUUUGCCGAUGCUCACAGCAAUCUGGCCAGCAUCCACAAGGACUCCGGAAACAUCCCGGACGCUAUCCAGUCGUACCGGACGGCCCUGAAGCUGAAACCGGACUUCCCAGAUGCAUACUGCAAUUUGGCACACUGCUUGCAGAUUGUCUGCGACUGGACCGAUUACGAGGCACGCAUGAAGAAACUGGUUGCAAUCGUAGCGGACCAGCUGGAAAAGAAUCGACUACCGUCAGUGCAUCCUCACCACUCGAUGUUGUACCCACUGUCGCACGAUUUCCGCAAGGCUAUUGCCGCUCGCCACGCAAAUCUAUGCCUGGAAAAGAUCCACAUUCUGCACAAGCCACUGUACAAAUUCUCGCGGGACAUGAGCCAGCGACUGCGAAUCGGUUACGUUAGCAGUGAUUUCGGAAACCACCCCACUUCCCAUCUCAUGCAGUCCAUCCCCGGUAUGCAUGAUCGGUCACGAGUGGAAGUUUUCUGCUACGCUCUCAGUCCCGACGAUGGCACCACGUUCCGAAGCAAGAUAUCCCGCGAGGCGGAACACUUCAUUGAGCUAUCGCAAAUCCCGUGCAACGGCAAAGCAGCAGAUCGGAUUCACGCCGAUGGAAUCCACAUUUUGGUCAACAUGAACGGCUACACCAAGGGAGCUCGCAACGAAAUCUUCGCCCUACGACCUGCCCCCAUUCAAGUUAUGUGGCUAGGGUACCCCGGAACGAGCGGUGCCAGCUUCAUGGACUACAUCAUCACCGACACUGUAACGUCCCCAAUGGAACUGGCCGAUCAGUACAGCGAAAAAUUAGCCUACAUGCCACACACCUACUUCAUCGGUGACCACCGGCAAAUGUUCCCUCAUCUGAAGGAACGACUCAUCGUGAGCGGCAAGCAGCAGAACAACCAACUGGUGGACAACGUCGCAGUCAUCAAUGCGACUGAUCUGUCGCCGCUGGUGGAAAACACCGAUGUGAAAACGGUACGCGAAGUGAUUCUCGCACACAAGCCCGUUGAGAUUCAGCACAAAGUCGUAGAACUUCCAACCACAACCCCGGUGGAAACGAUGAUCGCCUCCGGACAGAUUCAGACCUCCCUCAACGGAGUGGUGGUUCAGAACGGAUUGGCAACAACUCAAACCAACAACAAGGCAGCAACCGGCGAGGAAGUCCCCCAGAACAUCGUCGUGACCACUCGGCAGCAGUAUGGCCUACCGGACGACGCCGUCGUCUACUGCAACUUCAACCAACUGUACAAAAUCGACCCGCACACGUUGGCUUCCUGGGUGAACAUCCUGAAGCACGUGCCCAACUCGGUGCUGUGGCUGUUGCGUUUCCCGGCGGUCGGUGAAACCAACAUCCAGGCAGCAGCCCAACAGCUGGGCCUGUCGCCCGGUCGGAUCAUCUUCUCGAACGUUGCCGCCAAGGAGGAACACGUCCGACGUGGGCAGCUGGCCGAUGUCUGCCUGGAUACGCCGCUGUGCAACGGGCACACCACGUCGAUGGACGUCCUGUGGACCGGUACGCCGGUGGUGACGCUCCCUGCCGAGACCCUGGCUUCGAGGGUGGCCGCAUCGCAGCUGGCAACGCUCGGCUGUCCGGAGCUGAUCGCACGAAGCCGCCAGGAGUACCAGGACAUCGCCAUCAAGCUCGGUACCGACAAGGAGUACCUGAAGGCGAUCCGGGCCAAGGUGUGGCUGGCCCGCUGCGAGAGUCCCCUGUUCGACUGCAAGCAGUACGCCCAGGGAAUGGAAGCGCUGUUCUACAAGAUGUGGGAACGGUUCGCCCGUGGCGAAAAGCCCGACCAUAUAUCGGCCAAAGAGGGCCCCAAGUAAGUUGAGGGGACGCUACGAAUAGAGCUAUUUUAUAGGAGGGAAAAAAACGUAUGCUUUUAUAGGUCCACUUUUAAUGUUCGCAGUUUUUUUCAGUUGAAUGAAACUUUUAUUAUGGCAGCGAUGGCUGUAAUAUGGAAACUUGACACUUGUAUCUAGAGAAAGCUUACAACCCUAUUUAAAUCGUAGUUAAAUAUAAACUUAAGGAAUUGUAUAAAGUUCUAUAUUUUGAAGGUAGCAUACGUUUGAUACCCAGCCCCCAUCUUAGCUAUAAUUAAUUGAAACGGUAGAAUGAUAAUCGAUUUUCUUUUAGAACUGAUUUACGCCAUCACGAGAAAUAGAAAAUAUCCUACAUUGAAUUGAACUUACUUACGAUAAAACUUUUCAGUACAAUCCGCUGAAUUAUUAGGUAACUAAUAAGAGGGAAAUUUAGAGAAUAUAUAUCUUUUUUAGCAACGCGCAACGAGGCGAUUGUUCAUGAAGACAAACCAAAUAAUAACCAAUAUAUCAUGUAAAUGCAUUGCUCUUGGCAGAUAUUUAAAACGUUGCAAUGCUUUCGUUCCCUGAGCUACUAACUGUAGAUAGCGCCCCAUGCUCAGCCACACAGUAAAUUUCGCAUUUCUUGUGCGUUUCGUUUCAAAAGCGCAUCUAGCAAGAGAAGACAGCUGCAGUACAAGCAUGAAAAAAAAAUACUUACCCCAAGUCAGCACAGAGAGAUAGUUUGAGUCAUUAGCAUAUCUUGCAAUUUGAUCAACCUACAAAAGUGCUUAUUUUGUGGAGUGAUUAGUUUAUUCUCCACACCAACCUAAAGUGUUGCGAGUCGAUUUGUGUGAUUGACACAAACUUAACCGCUACCCAACUAAUGUGUGAUUGAUGAUGAUGAAGAUGAUAAUGAUCGACGAUGAGUGAAAUAUGAAUAUGUCUAACAGUGUGUACCCCCGCAAUGCGUUGGUGUGACACUAAUGGCGGCAAAUACUUUGUAAAUAGAUUCGUUUCCCCUACCCUGACCCUAUCUCAGAAGCGUUUGAACAUGCCGCAAAAAGCAAAUAACAAUUAUUUUCUGUGUAGAAAUGUAAGUGAUAGUAAGGAAAUAAAUUCAUGUUACUUGAUGAAAAAAAA